UUCCCCGAUCUAUACCCUCCCAACACCACUUGUACCUACAUUCUUGAUGGUCUACAAGGAGAUCAAAACCUCGAAAAAGUCAUUCUCACAUUCGAGGAAUUUGCUGUACUCUCCGAUGAUGACAGUACCGUCAUAACCGAACCACCAAGUUUGGACGAUAUCACCUGUCCUGUUGCCUGGGUUGGCGUAGCUACUUCGGAUGCGACAAUGAAAGCCACACUUUCGUCGACUGAUGAGAGCAACUAUGAGUCGACUUUAUGCGAAAGGAUACCAGCAUCGUCGCCUUUAAUGGGCCCAUAUGUAAGCGAAGGCCCUCGAAUGGUGGUGCAAUUUGGUACGACCGACAAACUUGUCACUGAUGGGCUUCGUCCUAAUGGGUUUAAAGCAAAAGUGGAGUUCAAAACAGGUAGACCAUCAAUUUUCAUUUUCCUAUUUUUAGAUUUGCUAUGGAUGAACACUGAGUCAAUAGAACAAAAUUUUUGUAGUAAAAAUAUUAAUAUGGAUGCAAAUAUGUUAAUAAAAUAUCUGCUCAGUAAAGAGAUUGAUGUCAGUUUCAUUUCUUUUUCGCACAAACGUAGCGGAAACUCUAGUAGGUAGCA